CUUUCGGCCUUCUUGGCGCGUCUGCAAGGCGAAGUUCCUACAUAUAAUAACCAUGGACGAGAAGCUAGUGAGCAGCGGGGAGCGAGAUCGGUUGAAAGAGCUUCUCAGGACGAGACUCGUGGAAUGUGGAUGGAGGGAUGAACUGAGAGCACACUGCAAAGAGGUCUUAAGGGAGAGGGAUGUUGAGACAACAACUGUAGACGAUCUGGUUGCUGCCGUUACGCCAAAGGGUAGAGCAAGCGUUCCAGACAGCAUCAAGCGGGAACUUUUGCACCAGAUACGCACCUUCUUAACCAACCAACAGGAAGACAGCAGCUGAUGCAACCUCAACGAAGAAUCAUGGCAGUGGUACGACCGACCACGCAGCGGCACAAUUUCACAUUCCUCAACGACGAAUGGAAUACCUCCUGCCCAUUCUGAACUCCACCCCGGGACACACUCCAUUAGAGCCGAAAUAAAUAAAUAGGGUCUUGCAAACCUAGGCCAAACCUGAA